GUGGCUUUGUUGAACGUUUCCGUGUUGCUCUCGGUGAGUCUGUGUCUCCAGUGAAGUGAAACUCAGACUCCUUCAACAAACAGAAGGAAGCUCCACUGACACUGGCAGUGAUGUGAAAGAGCAGCUGUCCUCUUUGAAAAUGGCUGCAUUACCUGGUGUGAGGGUUCUCCUCAACCUCCAUCAAUCCAUGAGAUUGCAGCACAGCCUGAGACUCAUUAACGUACAUCUGAGGUCAAUGUGCCUUCCAGGGAAGGUUUGCACUGGUUCCACAAAAACAAAUGAGUUCAAGCCGCCGUUGAACAAAGCAAAUGAAUCUCUGCUGGAGAAUUUGAACCUCAUGGGAGUUGAUGUGAAAAAGGCUCGCGAGCGACAGCCUGGCGUGUUUCGUAAAGCCUUCACCAACGAGCAAGGCCUUGCUCAGUUUUUGCAAAGCAAAGGUGCCAGCCGCACAGUAAUCGCAGGUAUCGUAUCCCGGUACCCCCGUGCUAUCACUCGCUCAAUCGAACACUUGGAACAGCGCUGGGAUCUUUGGAGGAACAUCUUUAUGACUGAUGCAGAAAUUGUGACCAUCCUGGAUCGCUCACCUGAGUCCUUCUUCCGCUCCAGUGAUAAUGGGAACCUGGAGAAGAACAUACAUUUUCUAAUAACGCUGGGACUGAACACCAAAGACCUUCACCGGCUGCUGACCACAGCACCGCGAACAUUCUCCAACAGUUUAGAGCUCAACAUGCAGAUGGUGGAGUUUCUGGAAGACGUCUGUGCAGAGCUGGGUGGGACGAAUCCAGGGGAGUUUGUAAAAGCUGUCAUAUCCAGAAAUCUUUACAUUUUCAUUCGAAGCAUUAAGAGAGUCAAGACAAACAUUGAUAACCUGAAAGCAUCUCUUAAGCUGAAUGAUGCAGAACUGCUGGCUCUUAUACAAGGCUCUGGAGCGGAAAUUCUGGAUCUUUCAAAUGAGUAUCUGAAAAACAAUUUUAGCAACCUUCAGCAGAAGAUGGUGUCCCUCGGCUGUCGGAAAACCGACAUUAAAAACCUGAUAAUUACUUAUCCGAUGGUCCUGUACAUUGGGUCGAGCACAUUGAGCUCUAAAGUGGACUGUCUCCUGAAAGGGGGUAUAACAAUAAAUCAGAUAAUUGAGAAGCCCAAGGUUUUGGAGUACAGCAUACAGAACAUCACAGGGCGACUGGAAGAGCUGAAGAAAGUGGAGUAUGAUUUCCAGAAGAAGGGCAUCAACAUCCUGGACUCUAGCCGAAAGCGGUUUCUUGCAAAGAUAGUAAAAUUAUCUGGCUCACCUGAAAUUUGAAUAUAAUUGUGAUAAUGUUGGAAGAUACUUUUACUUGAACUUCAGGAUAGUCAUGUUUUCUUGUCUGAAAAACCCCAAAGAUAUUUAAUUUACAAACACAUGAUACAGGACAGAGCUAAUUGACAUAUCUUAGAAGCAGGAAACUUUUUAAAAAAAUACUUAAAUGAACAUAUUGUGUAUCACAACAGUUCCUUCAUUUUAUGCAGAAUAAUUAGUAAACUGACUGUAAAAUUGUUCGUCUCUAAUAUCAAGUAGAGCAAAUGAAUCUACGUGUUGUAGAGCUGAGUUCAUCUGAAGAUGCCAUUUUGAAAUAAAAGCACAAGAUCUGA